AUGGAGUUUGAAGCUCCGCAGAGCUCUCCACUCUCGGCGCCUCCACCUGAGGCAAAGGAGGAGGCGCUUGCGGAUGAAUCCGGCACGUUUGAUGGAGGUUUCUACAGCGAUCAGUCGUCUCCCUCCACCUGCGCCCCCCCACCCUGUGGAGACGUUGCCACCACAGAGAACGAGCAGGACCUGGCUGUCCUCUGCCAGACCAACACACCAAUACUAACUUCAGCAGUAGCAGAGCACAGGCGGUCGGUGCGUCCGUCCCGCAGGACUCAGGGCUCCAGGAACCCUCUGAGGGCCCUCGCUGCCAGAGAGGACAUCAGGCAGGACUACAUGGGAGAGAGAGUCAACACGUCUGCUGAGGAACAGAUCCAAACAGAGAAGAGUGAGUCUCUUUCCGUUUCUUUUCAUGUUGUCAUCCUUUCUGCUCCUCAGCUCUCUCAUUUUGUAUCAGAGGACGCCGUCUUCUCCUCAGAUGCUGCGGCUACCAAGUCUUACCCUCCCUUCAGCAGCCUGAUGCUCGUUCACAUCAAAGGUAGGCGGCAUGUCCAGGUGCGUCUGGUGGAGCCCUCAGUGCGGUCGCUCAACAGUGGAGACUGCUUCCUGCUGGUCACUCCCGAGCAUUGCAUCCUGUGGAGCGGAGAGUUUGCCAGCGAACAAGAGAAAGCCAAGGCCUCGGAGCUGGCAUCAUUCAUCCAGAGCCAGAGAGACCUCGGCUGUCAGGCGUCCCAGGUCGUCCAGCUGGAGGAGGGGCUGAACUCUGACAGCAGCGUGGCCGCAGACUUCUGGAGCCUGUUAGGAGGACGGACACACUACAGAGGAGCUGGUGCACCUGAGGAGGACGAGUUCUUUGAGCGCGGCGUGGUGGAGUCCAACUGUGUGUACAGGCUGGUGGAGAACAGACUGGUGCCUCACGAACAAGCCUGGGCCUCCAUCCCCACCAUCUCUCUGCUGGGCUCCACUGAGGCCCUGGUGUUUGAUUUCGGCAGUGAAGUGUACCUGUGGCAUGGACAAGAUGUUUCCUUCAGCAGCAGAAAUGUUGCUCUGCAGCUGACUCACCAGGUGUGGGUCGGAGCUUAUGACUACAGCAACUGUCGAGUCAACCCACUGGAUCCCACGCAGUGUAACCCCAGCAUUCAGCUGAGGGGAGAGGGUCGUCCCAGCUGGGCGUUGUUCGGCGUCCUCUCGGAGCACAACGAGACGGCUCUGUUCAGAGAGAAGUUUAAGGACUGGACGGGCGGGAGUGGAGACAGGGAGGAGGCUGCUUUACUUAACAAGGAGACACAGUCCGUCCCAGUUCAGGCUUCCCAGUCCGUCUCCCCAGCAUCAGACCUCCUCAGCCCCUGCGACGCUAAGGCUCUAGUGACGGGCCAGUCGCUGGAAGGAGACGGGUUGGUCCACAGCGUGCUGGGCGGGCUGGAUGUCCAGAGAGGUCACGGUGUCAUCACGCUGGAGGAAGGGCGUCAGAUGGAGCUGAAAACGGUUGCAGUUGACACCUGGCACGUCCAGGAGUUUGAUGACAGUGAAAUUCCUGUGGCGAGCACAGGACAGCUUCAUGAGGGAGACUCCUACGUCAUCCGCUGGACGUACAGCAUCAGUACUGUUGAUAAGACGAACAAUUCGGAGGAUGGUAGCAGUAGUCCUGGAGAAAAAGAAAACACUGCUUUCUUCCUGUGGCGCGGCCGUCACUCCAGCGUCAGUGGACGUGACACUGCGGCUUUCCUGUCCAUUGGGAUGAACAACCUCGAAGAAUCACAGGUGGUUGUACCUCAGGGGAAGGAGCCUCCCUGUUUCCUGCAGCUUUUCCAGGGAGGCCUGGUCAUUCAUAAGGGCCGGCGAGAGGAGGCCCCCACUAACGCAGUGGAGUGGCGUCUGUUCUGUGUGCGAGGGGAGCUCCCAGAGGAGGGAUCUCUGUUAGAGGUGGAUUGCUGCUGUGCAGGUCUUCGAUCCAGGGGCUCUGUCGUCCUGCUGAACAGCCAGCAGGGGGUGCUGUACCUCUGGACAGGUUGUAAAACCCAGGCUAGCACCAGAGAGGUCAGCAAGAGGGCAGUGGAGUGUCUCACUCAAAUGUGUCCACCAGAGCUGGGUCUCAGCAAAGGCAGUCCUGUGAAGGUGGAGGUGGUAGAAGAAGGUUCGGAGCCUGCAGACUUCUGGACAGCACUGGGACAGAUGGACAGGAAGGCCUAUGACUGCAUGCUGCAAGAUCCAGGAAAGUACAACUUCACACCUCGUCUCUUCCAUCUGAGCGCCUCCUCUGGGAGCUUCCAGGGCGAAGAGCUGCAGAGUCCAGGCCGGCUGCCGGGGCUCGUGAUGGCAAUGCCCUUUGUCCAGGAGAGCCUGUACUCCGUACAACAGCCAGCCUUGUUCCUGCUAGACAACCGUCUGGAGGUCUACCUGUGGCAGAGGGGUCAGCCUGAGCAGACUGAGAGCUCAGCUUCGGCCUGGAGCCGCUGGCACAAUGAGAGGAGGUGCGCCAUGCAGACGGCGCUGCAGUACUGCAAAGAGAUGAACCCAAGACGCCCACCUCAGGCGUACCUCAUCUUAGAGGGGUCUGAACCUCUCACCUUCACUAAUGUCUUCCCCCACUGGGAGAGGAGCCUGGGACCCCACACACAGGGCGACACAGGGAGGGUAAAGCUGACCUUGGUGCAGGACGCCCUGGCCCAGCUCAUGAAGACCCAGUACCCUCUGGAGGAGCUGCUGCGGAGCCCCUUACCUGAAGGAGUGGACCCCCAGCAGCUGGAGGUCUACCUGUCUGACCAGGACUUCCAGACUAUUUUGGAAUUGAAGAGAGAUGAAUACGCCUCCCUCCCGAGCUGGAAGCAAAUUGAUCUGAAGAAAAGCAAAGGGUUGCUUUGCUAG